AUGACAGAUGAUCUAUCAUCUGCUCGUACAGAUCAUGCGAGCAUCGACGACCUGAUUCAAUCGGACUCAACCUCUCGAAGGAAAUCUCGACACAAUGCUGCAACUGGUGCCUCUGCUGCUGGUACUCGUGCUCUGAGUGCGCAAAUUGUUGCCUUUUAUUUCAGGGCACCUAUAAAGGCCUUUUUUCGUACCCGAGCAUUUGCCAGGGCUGUUAACCCCCACUCAGCGAAGUCUGGCUGGUCCUUGCAUACGACCACACCCGGGCUCUUGAUGCACGCCGUUCGUACGUAUGGUUGGCGCUUCAUUCCCAAUCAAGUUAUGCCCCCUUUGUUAGCGAAUGCCGCAGUUGGUGCCAUACUUUACACAUCAUAUCUCCAGGUUCUUGGAAGUCUUAACGAAACUGUGUCGCAAGGCAUCAAACGUAUAUACCCCCCUCCUCCGCCUUCAAACACAUUCGCAGCCGGAUUCAUAGCCGGAACUAUUCAGUCUAUAGUAGCCGCUCCCCUUGAUGCUCUCCAAGUCCGUCUAAGAACAAGUGAUCUUCUUGAGGGGCAGUACCGGAGUAUGUGGCAUUAUGGCCGUCAAAAGCUUACUCAGAUUGGAGCUCGGGGUAUUUUCGCAGGUUGGGGCCUUUCCUUCCUGCGUGAUUCCCUUGGCUAUGCAUUUUUCUUCUCAUCGUUCGAAUUCAUAAAAUCUCAGGGGUACUACUCAUUUAUCACGUGGUACUAUGGGUCGUUGCAUACUCUUAAUGCGCAGAGAGUGCACACUGUCCAGUCCGGAAACCACAGUGUCUCACUCAUAAGACCCCAUUAUGCAUUGGAGCCAUGUUUUCUCAUGGCCGCGGGUGUGAUAGCUUCAGUGGCUCAACAAGCCAUACAACGACCGCUGUCGGUCAUUCAAAGCAUCCAUGUCACUCGCUUGGAAUAUCUUGACCAUCAAGCCAGUCUCUAUCCUUCGAGACGACAAAUGCUACGUCUUUACUACCAUGCAUAUCAGGAAACAUUGAAAAGAUGCAAGCGAAAGGCGACUAGGGUCGGGGGCUGGAGGAAGUGGCUCUUUCGUGGAUUUGCCAGAGACGCUAUACGUCAAGUGCCAAGCACAAGUGCUGGGCUUGUGAUUUUUGAGUUGGUCCGUCGUAAAUAUGCGUAUAUGUCGGAUAAUGUAUAUAUUGAGAGGGAUGGAUAUAGUAUUCUACUGCCGUGA